GGAGAGUGGUGUGACGCACCAGACACAAGCCCUCACCCUCGCCACGGUCGCCCUCUGUCAUCAUCCUCCGUCACUCUAGAACCUCGGCGAACACUCUACCAGCGACUGCGAGCUUCGAUUUCACUUAUCAUCGCCGAGUAUAUAUGGUGAAGGCGGCGCGAGGAGGAGACACACACGUUUGUGAAGAGUACUAGUGUGGUUGGUGGUGAGCGGUGCGGACAUCUUGCCUUUACAGAUUUCCUGCGACAUUGUUCGUCUUACUCGCGAAACUUGAAAAUUAGUCAUCAUGUCAGAGGAAAGGAGCUUAAGUAUAAAGGUAUACUUGGAUGUGGGUGGCGGCCGGCAGGAAGUCCGCAGGUUUGCUUUCCCUGAGAACCUGGCCACAAACUUCCGUUGCUUGAAAGAGAAAGUAGCUUCAGUAUUUACUUUAGGAAACAAGGAAUUCACCAUCUCCUGGAAAGAUGCUGAAGGAGAUUUGAUUGUAAUCUCAUCGGAUGAUGAACUGAUGGAGGCCCUCGCUGACUCCUUGAGCAAUCAGAACCUCCAGCUCUUGCGGAUCACUGUUACUGUGGGUUCUAGGCCAGAUGUGGGCCCUAACAACUCAGUGCCAGGUAAUCAGCAGGGUCCUCUCCAUGAAGGAAUAGUUUGUGAUAGCUGUGAGGGGCCUGUCCGUGGGUUUCGAUACCGCUGUGUCAGCUGUGAGGACUAUGACCUGUGUGGUGCCUGUGAAGUCAAAGGAAUACAUGCUGAGCACAAGAUGAUGCGCAUGUCUAAACCACUUGCAAAGGGAUCUCCUUGGUUCUUCUGGAGGGAAUCUGAAGAUUCACCUGGAAAUUUCACUUCGCAUUUUGGAGUAAGCGGUGGCACUGGCCCGACGUGCUUUACCUCAAGUUCUACAUCUGGUGCAGGAACAGGUGCUGGUGCCGGUGCCGGAGCAGGUGCCGGUGCCUGGAGCAGUUGGGGUGGUCGUGGAGGUCGCUUUGGCCAUAGGAGAGGAUGUGGAGCCAGGGGACCUGGAGGAUGGGCAGGAUGGUGGGGCAGAAAUUGGGGUGGAAAAACUGGAGGAGGCUGUGAACAAAGUCAGUCUAUGGGCACUGGCUUUGGACAGCAGCACCAACACCACCACCAACAGCAUCAUCGUCAUCAUCAUCAACAACACCAGCAGCAGCAUCAACAGCAGCAUCAGCAGCAGCAACAACAACAACAGAGUCAACAACAAGGAAAUAUGAAUAGCAAUAUGCACUCUGAAUUUCCCUGGGCAAAUGGAUGCCCUUUCAUGACUGGAGAAUGCAGUCCCCAGCAUAUGGCAGAAGAUGCUCAAAAAAUAGCUGAGGAUGCUCAGAAAAUGGCAGAAGAGGCUGCACAGCAUGCCCAAGAGUUUGCUUCACAGAUGGCUUCAGAACAUGUUGCCAAUGUAAUGCGUGGCAUCUGGACAGCUUGGACUGGCCACCAGGGACCUGGUCAUGUAAAAACUGCUACUGCUAGUUCUUCUUCCUCAUCCUCUUCAUCUUCAAGUUCUAAUGGAGAUACCCAGCAACCAAAAUCCAGCAAGCCCGUGGGAGAUGAUGAUCAGCAACAGAAAGAUACAAACAAGGAUGCUAAUCAAACUGCUGGAGAAGAGUACCUGAAAAAUGUUGGAGAAACUGUUGCAGCAAUGUUGGACCCUAUGGGUAUCGACGUUGAAGUGUCUGUAGAGCACAAUGGAAUUCGUCAACGCUGCAGUCUGAGCAAGGAUGAUGUGGAAAGUCGUAGGAGUCCAACAGCUUCAUUUUCUCCAAGUCCUCCUAAAGAACCAGAAUCAUCUGAACAGCCUUUGGCAUCAGAGACGAGUGCAAACAUGGAAGUACAGAGUGAUGCUGUAAGGCAACAAGAAGGCAGUGUUGGUGUAGCAGAUGUUAUGGAAGUCUGUAGCCCUCAAGCAGGACCAAGCCAGAACUCAGGAGAGCAGAUGGAAGCUGAGCAUUCAUCUUCAGACAUAGAGGACUGGACCCUAGUGAACCAAGAUGCUAAUUCAGUUUCCCAGGGUGCUGUCAAAUCUAAGUCACCACCUACUGAAAGGAGAGUUGCCUACCCAGAUCUGAGUAUGGUUGAGGCCCAUCCAAAUCCUGUCAUUCAGCGUGCCCUGGAGCAGAUGCAGUCUAUGGGCUAUAGCAAUGAUGGUGGCUGGCUCACCAACCUUUUAGAGAUAAAGCAAGGGGAUAUCAACCAGGUGCUUGACCUGCUUCAGCCAGUUCAUAAGUAAAUCUCUCAGUCAAAAGUGACAAUUUUCUGAGAGGCAGAAAAAAUAACUGUUGUAAGGAAUUUUCAUAGUUUGCAUUUACUGAUGUCAUAAUCGUUUAAAAGGUUGCAUGGUUAAGUAGGGUAGCCUACUGUAUAACCUUUCUCUGCAUCGGAUAUUGUUCUUCUUUAACUCUUGCUAUAUCUUCCUGUUGACCCAUCUCACCAGAACAGUACAACCAGACAUUGAAAAAUGAAAGGACUUACUAUGUCACUCCUUUAGUGGAGAAUGAAGUGGAAAGCUGAAAUUGCUAUUUAAUUUAUAUAGAAUUUUAUGUUUUUGAGUUGAAUAAAUGAUCAGUUUUUGUUUAAGACUGUUGGAUAUACAUUUAUGUUAAAGUACUAUUAUUUAUUUUUUAAUGUAUAUCAUUACAAAGUGGUUGAUGCAGACCUUGAAAUUCCUUUUAACACUAAAUUCCAUUGCAAAACUGAAAUAUGAUGUUGAUGUUGACAUAUUGAAAGAAUUACCAUUCUUUGAAAUUGGGUUCUAAUUCACAUGUUGAAUUAGUGUUUCAUAUAGGAAGGACUUUUGAUAUAUAAUCUAUUGAUGGAAGUUUGUGUAGCAGAAGACUUUAGUGAGCACAGGUACAAGUUUUCCCUGUAAUCAGUUGCUGUAUGUUGUUUAUAUAUAAUCAUGAUGUAUAAUCCAUUUCCUAAGAAUUGUUGUAUAAUCUAUUCCAAAAGUGUAAGAUAUGUUAAUGUAGAAAGGGUACAGUAUAUUUUUUGCUCUGGUAUUUUAAAAGCACUAGAUAUAUUCUCCAUAGUUCUGUACCAAAUAUUUAUCUAGUGUGAGAUUGCAUGAAAGAAAUACAUAGUUAUGUAUUACUACUGUGUGACCUGUAGCAGUGAGCAUAUUUUAUGACUUGGAUAGUUAUUUGGAAAUGCACUCUGCACAAUAUAUUUUUGCCUAAGUAGAUGAAGCUCUUAUUAAGAAAUAUAUAAUGGCAUACUUUAAGUAUUUAAUGAUUUUUUUUAUUGGCCCCUUCCUCUCCCAAAUGUGUGUAUGCAUAUAAAAAUAAUGUAUAUACAUACAUUAUCAAAUAUGUAGUAUAUUAUAAAGUAUACUUAAAUAUGUUUUAAUUUAUACUUGAGAAUCCUGAGAUUCAUAUCUUAUUGCUGGCUUUAAAAUAAAAAGUCUAAACAAGUCUUGUCUGGUUUUGCUAGCCAGGGAAUACUAAACCCUACUCCAUUAUUUGCUCCAAGAUCAAAUAAUGACAAUGACGUUUUUAACAAUUAUGAAAUGGAGCAUCACAUACUAGUUAAAAGCAAAUAAUAAAAUAACCAUGUAUUUUGCAUACAGUAUGUUAAUAUGAAUGUUACAGUAUGUUUUAAUGAAUACUGCGCUAUAAUUAUGAUUUGAUGAGCAAUGCUGACACAUCUCAUUCACAGAGCCUAAAAAGCUCUAUCUGAAACUCAGCGGUGCAUUGGUAAUGCUACAAUAAGUUCGCUUAUUUUAACUUGCCGCUGGUGGUUGAAGCAGACAUUUGUAUGAUGAACAUGGAUAUUUGUUUAUUAUAUAGUUCUUUGCUAUUUUGAAGUUCAUUAUGGAGUUCUUUGCUAUAUGUUGGUUCUUAUUAUAUUCCUUAAAUUUCUUUUCUGAUUUGGAAAAUAAUGUUUUAUUUUUUCAAUUAUUGGGUAGUGAAGAGAGAAUGUGUGCAUUGCAUAAAUAGAUGCAAUUAAUUACUUUUCUCAAAGUAAUAAUAUAUUUGCAUGGGUUAGCACAUAUUUAAUGGUGGUAUAAUUGUGUAUUAUGUGGUACAAACCAAGUAAAAUUUUCAAAUGAUUUUUCUGGAAUUGGAAUGAUGUUACUGUAUAACCAAUGAAAUGGAAUAAAAGUAUUAUAGUA